AUAUUAAUAAGACUAGAGACUACCCAGGUAUCUAAAGUUCUAUUUCAUUCUUUGCUUCCUUCGCAUCUCAUUUGUCCUAUGAUACCAUUUUGUUCUGUGUUGUGUUGUGUUGAUGUCUCGCGUCUAAUGUAUUAAUUCUCAUCCAAUAUUUCUGAUAUAAACAAACCACGCCGAAUACCUGGGUGUCAAUAAAUUACCCAGGAUAGAAACCACAUCAAUUUAGAAUCUUCUAAAUACUCUGUCUGCUCAUAUCAUUGCCCACCCAAAUAUCUGGGUUGAUACUGAGCGUACCGAUCUGCAAUAUCCCAGUGACUACCGACGUUCUGGGUUAUGAUACGGGAGCUUGCAUCACGGGUACCAAGUGUUUACCGUCCGAAAUCAAUAUCGUCUCUGCAAACGGAGGCAAGACAUUGGAAAGAUAUAUUGUUGUAGUAACAACUACGGCAUAGGCAUCUCCACUCAAGUAUUUCUGAAAAGCAUGGGAGAGAUGAUCCAUCUCAAAUUACAGCCAGUGGAAGGGAAUUCCACAACCUCAACUCGUUCCAUAACAUCAACAUCUUCAUCAAUAAAAUCUACAACCAAGAAGCAAAGGCCGCAAUCGAUAAGAUCAAUUUGGAGCAGACUGGUGUUCCCUUAUACCUUGGAUGAUUGGAAGGUCAUUAUGGAUGAAGUCAAGAAGCUAUACUUGACGAGACAAUACGAACAGUGUGCUGCGCAAUGUACAAAGGUUCUCAAUAGCAUCACAGACCCAUAUCGUGUUCAUCCUCUUCAUUCACUCUUCUUAUCCUUUUAUUGUGCCACCUGUUUGGAAAUAACAGCAUCAGAUCUUACCAACAACUCUCCCGAAAAGCUUCUACUACGUCUCCGAGAUUCUUUGUCGUACUUCCAGAAAAAGCAGAAGAUACACUCACAUACGCAGAUAUUCCUAUCCAAAACAAUGACUUGUCGCCAAGCAAUCGGUCAUCUUCGACAUCAUCCACAUCCAGUGCCUCGUUCUUCUGUGGACCUCCACUCUCACCUGCUUUCUCGUCUUACUCUUUUGAGAGUUGUGACGAUACAAGACCCCAGGAACAGCCGUACAUUUUCCGAAUCAUCGAUGGCAUCGAUACAAUCUACGCAAUCAACAGACACUACUGCUACUCCAAAUAGGCCCGCACCACUUCGCAUAAAAAAGAAACAUUGCCCACACUUAUAUCUGACCAAAGUCUUGACAACGACUCAAGCACUUUCGAAACUAUCCCCCGUCCCAUUCCAUCUCCAAUCACUCCCCUCUCGACCUAUAAUCUCCUCCAAAUACCAAGUCAUCAUCUCCGGACUACCCCUCUCACAACAACAGCUCACAAGCUAUAAUCUCAACCUCUCAUCAAUAACGACACAACUUACCUAUCACAUAACACAUAUCAGCAAUCUCAUCGAUAAUAUACAAAACAUACGCAAAUCUCGACGCAGUAAUCAACCCUCAUUUGCCCCUUCAUUAUUCAAUUCUCCAGAUGGUCUUAGUAAUGAGGAUAGAGCGGAAAUGGAACGACAAGACAUCCGAGCAAGAAUCGAGAAAUUGAGGAGUGGAGGUUGGGAAAAAAAGAGGUGGGAUGGAAGUAGAUAUGCGGCUUUGAGGCAGGAGUCGAUAAUGAAUUGA